AUGGCUACGCAACUGCGGAAGAAGCUGGUGUAUUCGGUUGACAGUCCCUUCUCUGCAACACAUUGGCCCGAUAUUACCCCUGAAGAUCAAGAUGCAAUUCUAGAACUUCUCCUCAGCCUUUUGUCCCCUCUGGGCCAAUACCGUCAGAGGCACAUCAAGCCCUCAGAAGGCAAGCGUACAUCCAAGAGAAAGAGAACGGCACCGGGUGCAGCCUCGACCGAACCGGUCAAGAGCGAACGCCCACCAGCACCGGAGCUCGCCUCCUUCAUCGACGUCGGCCUAGUGGCAAUUACACGCAACCUUGAAAAGCUUGCGGCAGGUCAGCAGGGUUUCGAGGGUACCUCCAAACACGAUAACGCCGCGGCGAACUCGCCUAGCCCGUACUCUAUUAUAUUUGUUGCACGCUCGGGUCAGCCCUCAGCCUUCAACUGCCAACUCCCCCAGAUGGUCGCCGUUGCUUCCAAGAGCUCGCCGUCUGAGCCUCCGACGCGGCUUGUAGGUUAUUCGAGGCCGUGCGCCGAGAAGCUCAGUGCUUGCCUAGGUAUUCCAAGGGCCUCGGCGGUUGGAAUACGGGUCGGUGCUCCCAUGUCCAAGGCUCUGGUCGAUUACGUUCAGCAACACGUCUCUCCCGUCAGAGUGGCUUGGCUUGAUGAGGCUGAGAAAGCUGUGUAUCGCCCUACACAGUUGAAGAUAGACGAGAAGAUGGUGCCGGCGAAGAAGAGCGGCAAGGCUUGA